CUUUUUCACCCACCACCACCCCAUCGCCUCCUGGAACUAUGUCUGGAUCGGCCAGACUCCCCUUCCACACAUCCCAGAAAGGUUGAUCUCGUCUGCAACAUCCCCUUCUCGACAGCAGAAUGGGUGCGACCAAGCGGGUGGUGUCAUUACAAUGGACACCGAUUAAACAAUAUCCCCUCACGAUUCACCUGAACAACCAUUUCAGCGGAAACCCCCGAACUCGCUUGAUCAAGAAACCAGAGAUUAUCAGUGAGGAUCUAUGUGAUCAAGCUCUGGAGCGCAUCGCCCCAUUCCUUCUCCGCAACACCCCCGUGGACGUCCUCGACCUAUGGCCGGGAGUUGGGAUUAUAUCCUCCAAGAUCAACGCCCUUAUCCGGCCCCGACGCCAUGUUCUUGUCGAGCCGGCACUGGACGUGUUCCAGCCCCUGCUGGAAACGUUAGUCCAGAGCGAUCCCUCCUACAAACUCGUUAGCUCGGACGACUUGUCCCGGAACAAGUGGGAAAGCUUGCUCCACGAGCACUUUCCAGACCAAGGGCCGGGGAAUUGCGAUGCAACCGGUCUCCUCCCCCGGAACGACACCUUGCUGGUCCUCGCGAACCCGCCAACCAGCGGGGACAGUGACCAUUUCACCCCAAGCCGAUGGUGGUCGUCAUUCAUGGAGGCCUGCAUGCGACAGGCAGGGCUACAUCUCUACGGAAGUGUCCGUCUAUUGGCCACCGUUCCAACUGCGGAAGCCUCGACGAUUCUCCCGCGUCAGGUGAGCGAACGCAGGCGGCCGGCGCUCUGGACAGAAAAUGUUGCGCUGCAUGCUUUCGAAGUCGCCGCUCCCCAAGAAGACCACGUGUGGGCGAAUAUGAAGACAUACGGCCUUGCCAUGGACAAUGCUGCACGCGUUGCCGAGAGAACCGCCGAAAAGAACGUCCCAAUCCCCCCGGGCAGAGAACCCACGCCGCUGAUUGCGGCUCCCGAGAGCCCUGAUCCUGGCAAAAUAAAGAUCCCCUAUACACCGCGCAUUCGAACGACCCUUCAAGAGCGGCUCUUCGCAACCAUCCAGGCCACAGCCGACAUCAGUCCGUCUGUCCCUGGUUUCAAGGACCUCUAUAGGCAGCGCGGCCGCGCGCUGACGCGACUGAAUAUGGACAACCGACAGGCCCAUGCUCUUUUGCAAAAGGCGAAUAAGUGCUACGAACUCGAUCAGAAAUACCGGUCUUUAUCCCGAGCAGCGGCCGAUCCCAACGCAGACUUGGCCUCUCUGAAACCCAUCCUCGACAAGAUCACGGCCCUCAAGAAGGACCUCGACAAGCCCGAAGAACACCCAGACCAUUUCAAGAGUCUCCCACUCGUGCGCGACAACUUUCGCGUUUCCCUCGAUAGAAACAAAUUCGACGAGUCCCUCCUCCUCUGGGACCGCCGCCCCUUCGAGCCACUGACCAUCGAAUGGAGGGAAUUCUAUCCGCGACGCGCCUCACCGCGCACCCUCAUUUAUUUCGAGGCCGAUCCCAACCCCCCGUUCGCCCCCAAACUCGCCAAACUCCAUCCAUCCAAGCGCAGCGAGGCCUACCGCAUCUACGAGUCCCUCAUCAGCUCUCUCAACCGCGGCCGCGACUCCAUCUCCGCCGCCGAAGUUUUGGACUUGCUCUUCCCCAGCCGCUCCGCCAACGACAUCGUCAAAACCAUCCCCAGUCUCGCCGAACACGCCGCCAAGGCCCCCAAGCCGGACUUCGACUCCCUUCCCAAAACCGUCCACGGCGAGUCCCUCGACGGUGGGCCCCCGGACCCGGCCCUCAGUUACCAGGAGAACCUGGACUACGACCUAAACGAUGUGCGCAUCCGCUGCCUGUCAUCCUCCACGAUGUGGGACAUCUGCAUCGAGUAUAUGAAGAGCGGCGCCUCGCUUACCGCCUUGCAGUUGAGUCGACUGCUCGGGGGGACCUUGACAAUGUCCCAGAUCAGCGGUAGACAGGAACCCAAGAAAAGGCUCCAUUGAUGUGGAGCAACUUCUCACUCCCCCCUCUCUCCCUCUCCAUCUCUCUCUGUGUAUGUUGUUGUCAUGGUGUAUAACAGUGUAUCACCACCCCCUCUUCUCACUAUCACUGUUAUAUAUCCACCCUCCGUGUAUAAUAGUUACGAAUUUACGUAUAGAUAUAGAAUCGAUAGAUG